ACACGAUGUCGGACGACGAGAUGGUCACAGAACCUGCGCGUCCACCCCUCUUCUUUGCCAGCUCGGAUGAAGAAGAGGACGCGGAAGAUAUGGCUGCUGAAUCUGAGGCCCGGGUGGCUCCAGAGACGUCAAGCCCAUCGUCUCGCGCCUCUUCCCCUCCCAUAGUCAUCGUAGACAGCGAUGAAGAGACGAAAGUGGACUCCCACAUCCCGCAGAAACGCGCUGCGCACACAGAGGAGAUAGUUGACGACCACAAGAGCCCGCUGAAAGCGCAACCGAACCGAGAGGCACCUUCAGCCGACCCUGUACGCUCAUCCGUGCCGCCUGCGGCGAAGAAACGACGCGUAUCCCCGGAGGCACCGCCAUCACCGGACUCGUCCCCCACUUACAUCGGUGAAAUGGUGUUCGGGCACGCAUGGAGCAACGUCUCCGGCACGGGGUACAUCAAAGUGAACGACGCGGUGCAAAUCUUGCGAGGGUCCCCACACGGCCAAAAGAAAACGGAGGACAAGAAAGCGCUGGGCACUGCAAAGACUAAAAAGUCUGGGGACGGCAAGAAGCAGAUGUCUCUCACUGCAAUGUUGAAGCAGCCGGCCAAGUCAUCCUCGAAGAAAAAGCCUGAUACCAUUGUGCGGCUGUACAACUCUCGGGGGUUCGAGUUUGGCAGACUACCUCAGGACGUCUCUUCUUGGAUCGCGAAACUGCUUGAUUUCGGUAUCGUCGAAUUCCGGGGCAAGAUGACGGAUUGUCCGAACAAACUUACCGUUGGGGUCAAUCUUAUCGUCUCGGCGGACGUCUACAUGUUGCCCACUGCAUUCAAGCCUUUCGGUCAAGAAACCGCCCAAGAAACCGCUACAGACAAGACUUUCCUGAUGUCCGAAGGAGCGGAGACUUUGGACGAACAGGCUUUGCGUGAAAGGAAGGCAUCUGUACUCAAACUGUUCGAGGUCCUCAAUCUGCGACCUCAAGCAGGAGCGAAUCUCUCCGGAAGCAAAUCGGACGAGGAAAUCCAUGACGAGGCAAUGAAGAACAUAGCGAAACACAAAACCAAAAAGGUCACUGAAAUCGUCGGCGACGGCGAGGAGAUCGAAGUGGACGAGGGCGAAGAGUUAACGGAGAAUGACAUCGACCUGAUCUACCAGAAAGCGCAAAGGGGAGACAAGACUAUGGGGGAAAUGGAGCCCCCAGAUACCUUCACGCUCACUUUGCGAGGUUAUCAGAAACAAGCUCUAUUAUGGAUGCAUUCCAUUGAGCUCGGGAAAAUGGACGCGCGGGAGGCGAGUUCGAUGCAUCCUCUGUGGAGCCAAUACAUAUUCCCGUCACCUCAGACCGGAGGUUUCAUCGACCUGACUGCGGAGGACAAAGUCUUUUACUUCAACGCGUAUUCCGGUGAGCUGAGCCUGGAGUUCCCCAGAGCGGAACGUAAAGGCCGAGGGGGUAUUCUUGCUGACGAGAUGGGUAUGGGCAAGACCAUCGAACUGGCCGCCCUCAUUCACACUAACUGCGAACCGGAUACCGAGCGCCCGGCAGACGAAGCAAGCUCCGGCAACAAGCAUCGACAACUGAAACUGAAUGCUGCUUUCAAGAAAGCGCCACGCCGCACAUCCAAGAAACCACCUUCAGCCACAUUGAUUGUCGCGCCCACAUCUCUGCUGGCUCAAUGGGAGGCCGAGCUUCUGCGCUGCAGCAAGCCUGGCACUGUCAAAGUCAUCCUGUGGCAUGGGCAGAACCGGCUCGAUCUGCAAGAUGCGCUGGACGAUGACGAAGGCGGCGAGGAGGGCAGCUCGCCCAUCAGGGUUGUCAUUACAUCAUACGGGGUGCUUGCUUCUGAGCACGCAAAAGCGAGAUCGCCCGUAUUCGACGUCGAAUGGCUCCGUAUCGUUCUAGACGAAGCGCAUUCGUGCAAAUCAAGGACGAGCAAGACGGCCAAAGCUGUGUAUGCUCUUCAUGCGAGAAGGCGAUGGGCUGUGACCGGGACCCCGAUCGUGAACAAGCUGGAGGAUCUCUUUUCGUUGCUGUUCAUUACGAUGCCGUUCCUGGCGCGAGACCCGAAAGCAAUCGAGAUUGUGCAGAUCAUUCUCGAGUCCAUCCUCCUCCGGCGGGAGAAGACGAUGCUUGAUACCAAUGGGAAGCGUAUCGUUGAGAUCGAUUAUCUCGAGUUCUCAUCGCUGGAGCGGAGGAUAUAUAACAGCCUUUUCAUUUCUGCAAAACGCGACUUCGAAGACCUGCACGCCAAAGGCUUGGUUGGCAAAAACUACACCCACAUCUUGGCGAUGCUGAUGAGGCUCCGCCGAGCUGUGCUUCAUCCCAACUUGGUGCUUUCAAGCAACAGCAAGUCUGGUGGCGGCGAGGACGAAGAGAACGACAUUGACGUGAACGAACUGAUCAAGCGCUUUGCCAAUGAUGCGAGCGAGAGCAACGUGUUUGCGAAGAACGCUUUGGAGAAUCUGGACGUGGAUGAGCAGGACGCCGAGUGUCCGGCGGCUGAAUUGGGCAGCUGCAAGGAUUGCAUAGUGACGUUGUGCGCGACAGCUGCAGAACAAGGGAAGGAGCUUUGCUGUCCGACUUGUUCGCGAGGGCCGAUCCAGGAAUCUGAACUGAUCGAGGUCUUUCGCCCGCCCAGCAGCUCUCAAGAUCCACAGCCUAGUGUCGUUCUGAGGAAGAAUGACUUCCGGUCAUCAACGAAGCUGGACGCACUGGCACUGAAUCUCCGAAAGCUGAGGGACCAAGACCCGUGCUUCCGCGCUGUCGUGUUUUCCCAAUUCACGUCCUACCUGGAUUUGAUACAGACCGUCCUGAAACGCGAACAGUUUGAGCACUAUCGCUUCGAUGGAUCCAUGGAUGUCAAGGCCCGGGGUGCGGCUCUCGAGCAGUUCAGAGCGCCGACGAGGAAACCGAAGGUGCUAGUCGUCAGUUUGAAAGCCGGCGGUGUCGGACUGAACCUCACUUGCGCCAACCACGUGUUUAUGAUGGAUUGUUGGUGGAAUGCGGCGACGGAAAACCAGGCGAUCGACCGCGUCCAUCGCAUCGGGCAGGAGAAAACGGUCUAUGUCAAGCAUUUCAUUAUCUCGAACACGAUCGAAGGCCGGAUUCUGCAGAUACAAAAGCGCAAGACCGCGAUCGUCAAGGAAGCUUUCAGGGGUAGCGGUUCUGGUUCAUCGCGUUCGGAUCCGGAGAGCAUCGAGAAUCUCAAGAUCAUGUUUGGGGAGGGGGGAGACGAUCUAUGAGUUCGAAGGAGACUUCUAUAUCAUAUCCUGCCUCAUCCCGACGGACUCGGAUGAGUAUAUGUAUAGAGAGAUCGAUUGAGGGAUUGAUUAAGAUAACUCCAACCACGCGCGCGUGCAUCCACCCAUCAUGCAGACAGGUGAAUCUGGUGAUGCGGGAGAGC